AUGGGUGACCCUUUUAACAGCAGCAGCAGGGUGUUUAACCGAACCCUUCAGGGUCAUGUCACUUUUGGAAAUCUGGAGGACAUUGACGUGACUGCGGACAGGAGUCCGGUCUUGAGGAUCAUGAUCUCCGUGGUGUACAUUCUCGUGUGCGCAAUAGGCUUAUUUGGGAAUUCGCUCGUCCUUCUCAUCAUGAGGGUGAAACACUGCAAACAGAGGACCACCACCAAUGUGUUCAUCAUUAACUUAGCUGUCACAGACAUCCAGUUCGUUCUGACAUUACCGUUUUGGGCGGUGGAUACCGCUCUGGAUUUCAGCUGGCCGUUUGGAGACGCCAUGUGCAAGAUCAUCCUCUCCGUCACUGUGAUGAACAUGUACGCCAGCGUCUUCUUCCUCACUGCUAUGAGCAUCACUCGAUACUACUCCGUUGCUUCAGCCACCAAGAGCAGAGUCCGACCCCCAGCAUCGUGCUCUGUCAAGUGGGUUUGCGCGUUUUUGUGGGUCGUUGCCACAGUCGCCACCGCGCCAACAUCCAUUUUCUCCACUGUGACAAUCGUGGCUGGAGAGAAGCUCUGUUUACUAAAGUUUCCCGCCGGACACUACUGGCUAGCAUUUUAUCAUUUGCAAAAAAUUAUGAUCGCUUUUAUUCUGCCCAUGUUGGUCAUUUCCGUGUCCUAUUUGUUGCUUCUGAGAUUUGUGAGAAAACGAAAUCUGAGUAACACUCAUUCAAACCGCAAGAUUCAUGUUACCAAAUCUAUCACAGUUGUGGUUCUUUCAUUCUUUCUUUGCUGGAUGCCGAACCACGCAAUUACAUUUUGGGGUGUGCUCGUCAAGCUGAACGUGAUUCACUGGGAUGAGGCUUAUUAUAUUGUCCAUACUUAUGUAUUCCCUGUGACUGUUUGCUUAGCGCAUACCAAUAGUUCCUUAAAUCCUUUUAUUUAUUGUCUUACGAGAAGGGAAUUGAGAAAGAAACUGAAAAAUUGUCUGUCAAAUAUUGCCCCUUGGUUAUUCAAAAGGUCUCUUCAGAAAUCUAGAAGGCCUGCGUGA